GAGCAGAGGGAAACCAUCUGAUUAGAGCAGCUCCUGUCGAGUGCGCUGUAGGCACACACCUUGCAGCCGGAGGGCGGCAGCUUCUCUGAGGCGGCAGCCACAGGGCCAGUGGGCUUGGACCAUGUCCACCACCACAUGCCAAGUCGUAGGAUUCCUCCUGUCCAUCCUGGGCUUGGCGGGGUGCAUCGCCGCCACAGGGAUGGACAUGUGGAGCACCCAGGACCUGUAUGACAACCCCGUCACCUCCGUGUUCCAGUACGAAGGGCUCUGGAGGAGUUGCGUGAGGCAGAGCUCGGGGUUCACUGAGUGCCGGCCCUACUUCACCAUCCUGGGCCUUCCAGCCAUGUUGCAGGCGGUGAGGGCCCUGAUGAUUGUGGGCAUUGUCCUGGGGGCCAUAAGCCUGCUGGUGUCCAUCUUUGCCCUGAAAUGCAUCCGCAUUGGCAGCAUGGAGGACUCCGCCAAAGCCAACAUGACGCUGACCUCUGGGAUCAUGUUCAUUGUCUCAGGUCUUUGUGCAAUUGCUGGAGUGUCUGUAUUUGCCAACAUGCUGGUUACUAACUUCUGGAUGUCCACAGCUAACAUGUACACCGGCAUGGGUGGGAUGGUGCAGACUGUUCAGACCAGGUACACCUUUGGUGCAGCUCUGUUCGUAGGCUGGGUCGCUGGAGGCCUCACGCUGAUUGGGGGUGUGAUGAUGUGCAUCGCCUGCCGGGGGCUGGUACCUGAGGAAACCAACUACAAAGCCGUGUCUUACCAUGCCUCAGGCCACAAUGUUGCCUACAAGCCUGGAGGCUUCAAGGCCAGCACUGGCUUUGGGUCCAACACCAAAACCAAGAAGAUAUACGAUGAGGGUGCCCACACCGAAGAAGAAGUACAAUCUCGUCCUUCCAAGUAUGACUAUGUGUAAUGCUCCACGACCCUUUGGCAUGAGCAGAAAAAACUCUCAAAGAGAGCCCACCCCCAAAACAAGGAGAUUCCAUCUUGAUUCCUAUUACUUUUGACUCACAGCUGGAAGUUAGAAAAGCCUUGAUUUCAUCUUUGGUGAGGCCAGAUAGUCUUCACCACAUGUCUCUGUCUCUAAAUAGUCCAUCACAAAACAGCUCACUUAUUUAUGAAUUAGAGGCAAUGGUUCGUGUUUUCAAUCCUGUAUUUCUUUUUCUAAAUAUAACCUUUCUAAUCUGAUGAUAGAAUGCAGUUAGAAUUCCUGUCUGAUUUGAUGAUUAGAGUUUGGACAAACUCCUCCCCUCCCCAUUUUAGUCAACAAACCCAUUGAUGAUCUAUUUCCCAACUUGUCCCCAAGAAAAAUGUUUGAAGGAAAAAAAGGACAUUAGUCCAAAAGACAUUACUUUCUGCUGUUUGAUUUUUGUGUCCCCCAACCCCAACUUGGCUACUAAUAAACCCUAAUUGAAGAAGAGUUGAUAGAGCAGCAGUUCUCAUUCUGUGGGUCACAACCCACAUGAACUGUGUUAAAGGGUCGCAGCAUUAGGAAGGUUGAGAACCAUUGUGAUAGAGGAAAGAUAUUUGUAAUCUCUCCAGCCCAUUAUCUGAGUUUUCUGAUGCCAUGAUCUUAAAAGUUAUCAGAUCAAAGGGAUUUUUCAAUUUGAGGCAACCAAGCCUAAUUCUAGCAAGAAGAUCCCAGAGGUUUUCUGAGCUCUCCACUGGAAUUCUGUUUCUAUCACAGGUCAGGAAAUGGUCCUUAGAAAAAUGAGAAAAGGAUUUUUAUGUUUGUAAUCUAAGUCCUAAACAUAGUUACAAUAAACAAUGUGCUAAUAAAAUGAUAUACAUUAUCCUUCUGAAUUAGCCUCACCCCUGAACAUAGAUAGAAAAAAAUGAAAAAAAUAAUUGCUUUAAUAUUGUCUGUAUUAUACUUUUUCAAGUCACACUUCAGUUCAAAUUUCAUGAAAGCUCAUUGAUCCUAAUUCUUCCCUUUUGAGGUCUCCAUAACUCCGAUAACUCAUAAUAAGUGUCACUCAUAUAAAAAGUAAAUAAUGAAACACAGCAAAUCCCAGGAAGUUAAAACUAGUUCCAGUUCUUUAAAACAAAAAAAUGAGCCUAAAUAUAAUGUCAUGUUUCCAAGUGACCCAUGUCUACACUUGCAUGGCUACAAGCCACUGCCAGUUGACAGUCACACUUAUUUGGCACUGUGGUCUGUUUUCUUACUCUGAAAGCUGUUUCCUUCACUAAAUUCACCAAGUGCGGUUGGGCCAUUGACUAUUCAGGCAGAACUGAAAGCUCUUUGAGGCACACACCUUCCCUGUCCCUUCCCCUUUGAGCAGAAUGCCCAAAACUCCUUCUUCCAAGACACCAGAAUCCCAUUCCAGAACCAAAGCCACAAUAGGCCUCCCGGGCAACCCAGGUAAGGGUAGUCUCUACAACCUACCAAACAGGGAGCAGCAUUGGCCAUUGGGUUAUUAUUUGGGGGAAAAAGUCCUUACAUCAAUAGUGCAUAUAAAAAGCACACAUUCAAAGGCUUUAGUGAAUGCCCAAAAGCUUCUUCAGGCUGAAUAAAUUAUGUCUAGAGAAAGACCAGGUCAUGUCCCAUUAAAUAAUAAGGCAUCAUCAUGGUCACCAAGAGCCAGACCAGUAAACUCAGAGACCCUUCUUAUUGGAACAGCAAUAGUUGAGGGCCAAAUUGGAGAGGACACUCAUGUAACUCAUUGCCUGAGACAGGGUAAAAAACAGACAACCAAUUGAAGGAGGAAGAAAAAGAAGCAGAGGUGAUGAGCAAUCUAAGAUAUGGAGAUUGUUAAGAGUCCUGGACAUUUGAGCUAAAAGUCAUCCAUUUGAGUUGAAGGCCAUGGGGCAUAUGAAUUCUGCUUCCUACCGCUAGAAAGUCCCUGGUCAGGUCUGAAGCAGUAAGGUGUGGUUCAGCUGGGUUUUUAAUUAGGACAUUCUCUAUCCAAUACCAAAUUGUUUGAAAGCCUCCAGAUAGUUAUAAUUGUGCUUUGUAAUUUUGUUGUUAUUCCUCUUAUUGUAUUUGCAUUGAGUAUUGACCUGCAUGUUUUGUUACUUAAAUAUU